AUGCUCAUGUACAAAUAUCUGCCUUGCUCGAUCCAGAAGCUACGCGAAGCAGCAAAAGGCAAGGAACAUUCUGUGUUGAUGCAUUGGAGCAGUUUAAGAUACUGUGGCAUGGAGUACUACAUCAUGUACGCAAUGAACACACAUGGGCCACAGGGUUCUGUGAGCAUGAGCCAUUGGAUGACAGCAGUCAAGAUAAGCCGUGGAUACAGCAAGGUUCUGCUGCUCAUCAGACCCUGA